UUUUCUUUCAAAACAAAAGCGCAUAUCAUCCCAAAACGUUUCGAGUGUGUCGGAAGUGGUGUGUUUUAUUCUGGGGGACUUGACACCUGUCUGACAGUCUCUCUCUUUGACUCGUAUAGCUUUGAUCAGGAUAAGAGGUUUACUCGGACACAUUCCUCUUCAGUUCUCAGCUGAAGCUACAUUUUGAAUGAUGGAUUGUUCAGAGGAGAUUCAGUCUGUGUGUGAGGAGCCCGGCGCUCAGAUCGAGCUCAAAAAGGGAAUGUCGAUCUUCAUUGAUAUUUUACGGCGAGCUGAUAAAAACGACGACGGGAAACUAUCCUUUGAUGAAUUCAAAGCCUACUUCUCUGAUGGAGUCUUGACAGCUGACGAGUUGAAGGAGCUCUUCCACACAAUUGACACCCAUAACACAGACAAUGUGGACACUGAUGAACUCUGUGAGUAUUUCUCGCAGCACCUCAGUGAAUAUGAAAACGUUCUCGGUGCCUUAGAAGACCUGAACAUGGCAAUACUAAAGGCCAUGGACAAAACAAAGAAGGAUUAUCAGGAGUCCACCCACCUGGAGCAGUUUGUGACCCGUUUCCUGCUGAAGGAGACAACCAAUCAGCUUCAUUCGCUUCAAAGCUCACUUGAGUGUGCCAUGGAAACCACCGCGGAGCAGACUCGACAAGAGAAGCAGGGCCCGUUGAAGCCAGAGGUUUUGUCCAUCCAGUGGUCGGGCCGUCGAUCCAAUCGGAGACUUCAGAGGAACAGCAGCCUCUCCCCGAACAACCCACUCCUCAGUCUUGUCAAUUCAGGUGUUUAUGAUGAAGACAGCCAGUGGAUGAUCCAGGUCAACAGACUGCAGAAGCUUAUCGACCGUCUAGAGCAAAGGGAGAUUCGUCUGGAGCCAGUUGAAGAGGAGGUCUUAGAGAGCAAAUCGCACAUCCUGAUCGUCCAGAGGCAGCUGUGCGUGCUGGAGGAGGAGCUGGAGGAGUUUCGUUUGGCUCUCAGACAGUACAUGGAGUGUUCCUGCGCGCAGACUGGAUGUCUACACAUCGCAGUUCAGCGGCUGGCAAAUGAAUCACGCUUCAUUCUCUAUGAAUUCUGGGAGCACAACAACGUGUGGAAGAAUCACCUGCAGACUAACUACAGUAAGACCUUCCAGAGGGCGAAUGUGGACUUCCUGGAAACCCCUGAGAGCUUAACCACCAUGCUGGUUCCUGCCUCAUGGUGGGUCCUCAACAACAACUGAAAAUAAAAGAGCAUCCCUCACAGAUUGUCACCGAUGUGAGCAGCCCGUCAACACAUCAGGAAGGCUCACACAGCACCCUCUCUCUCAUACACACACACACACACACACACACACACACACACACACACACACACACACACACACACACACACACACACACACACACACACAAGCACACACACAUAAGCACACACCAACUCGACACAAUGUGUGAAGUCAUGGUGAUGAGUAUCAAUUUUGUGACCUCCAUGUUCCUUCAUAGUAAAGUGGUAGCUGAAAUAGCCACGUGUGUGUGUGUGUGUGUGUGUGUGUGUGUGUGUGUGUCUGUGUGUCUUUGUGUGCGAGUUACUGUGUGUUUUGUUACACUUAGACGACACUCCUAAAAGCAAUGACCUAGUAUUGUGAUGAUGUGACAUCAUAGCUGUGUUUGACGUGGCAUCAUCAGCAGCCCAUUGUAGAUUAAGUGUGUUGCGUGAGACACUGUGUGUGUGUGUGUGUGCAUGUUUGUGUGUGUGUGUGUGUGUGUGUGUGUGUGUGUGUGU